GUCACUUGAUCAACGACCCUCCUCACCCAAACUUGUUGGAUGCAGAUCUUAUGACCUUUGCACAUCACCCUUUUUCCUUGUGUUUAUUUCUCUAAUUUUGUAUACACUCCGUUUCGGUUGCUGUUAUGUUUAUAGCAUCUAUCCUCUUUUUUUUCCUAAAAUUUUAUCCUGGUUAAUAAUACUGAAUCACCAUUAUAAGAAAAUGAAUUGUAGAAAAAUAUUCUUUUGGUGCAUUUUAGCGUUUUUACUAAUGGAUAUUUAUUGAGAAUCUAUCAGAACAUGUACACAUUCAACACAAAUGAGAGAUAUAAAGCGAGUCUGGAUAAAAUCCGAAAUUGAAUACCGGAGACACAAGACAUGAAUUAACUUAUACUAUUAGUCCACUUGCGCUUGUAUAUGUAUAUGUGUAUAAUUAUAGACUCAUUUAUUAUUUAAAAUUAUAAAUUAUGUAUUUGAUGAAUAUAGGCAUUGCAUACAAUCACAAUGUACUAAUCUUUUGUUCUAGGUAGGAAUUCCAUCUAGACAAAAGUUGAGGGUUCAAAUUGAUAAGUCCCGGUUAGUCCAAUGACCAAAUUAGAUAAUUUAAAGGAGAAGAGGGACUAAAUUAGAUAAUUAAAAAGAACCGCAAAACUGAAGCCUCUAGCCUCUAGGUCUAGGCGCUUACUCUGCAGGCAAGCAACCGACUGACAUCUCUUCGCUCAAGACACGCCGGCUUUUUGGUCACGAAACGGAUCCUCUUUCUUUCAGAUCGUCGUUCUUCUUCUCCUGCCACCGCUCAAUCUCGGAGCUAGCCGACGAUCGGAAAUUACAAGUUCCCAUAUUGACGACGAUUUCUGUUCCGAUUCAGAUGGAGGGAAGAGGGAGAAUGCUGCCGCUGCUGGCUCUUCAUGCCGUCGCCGAGUACUACAGACUGCCAUGGAAACCUCCCGUCACGGCGGGACUAAUCGCCGCCAAUACCCUCGUCUACUUGAAGUCCGUUUUCCUCCGCCACCUCCUCCCUUCCAUCGACGAGGUCUGGUUCAAUCCCUACCUCAUUCUCAAGAACAAGGAUGCGAGGCGCUUCUUCCUAUCACCAUUCUACCACAUCAGCGAGUCCCACUUGGUCUACAACAUGAUUUCACUCCUAUGGAAGGGCAUCCAGUUGGAAACCUCAAUGGGAAGUCUCGAAUUCGCAUCCAUGGUCGCCGCACUCCUCACCAUGUCGCAAGGGAUCACGAUGCUGCUGGCCAAGACCCUCGUCGUGUUUCUCGACUACCCCAAGCCGUUCUACUCCGAAUAUGCUGUGGGGUUCUCGGGAGUGCUGUUUGCGAUGAAGGUUGUCCUCAAUUCUCAGUCUGCAGACUAUGCUCACGUGCACGGACUGGUGGUGCCAUCUCGAUAUGCUGCUUGGGCUGAACUAAUUCUCAUCCAAAUGUUUGCCCCUGGCGUCUCGUUCCUUGGCCACCUUGGUGGCAUUCUUGCCGGGAUGCUCUAUCUCAAACUCAAGGGCGAGUACUCCGCCUCAGGCUCAGAUCCUUUGGUUAGAGUGCUCCGGGGUAUUGUUGGCAUAGCGAGCUGGCCGCUGAGGGCUGCAAGGGGAUUGUUUCAACCCAGGAGGAUGCCACGUGUCUCCGGGAGGGGAACAGUCGGCAGGGAAACGAGAGACGGGCUGUCGGGUAUAUGGAGAUGCCAUGCUUGUACAUUUGAUAAUUCGGGUUGGUUAAGCGAGUGUGAGAUGUGUGGAACAAGGCGUGGAGGCUUAACGGAUGAGAUUGGGAUUCAAGAAAUGCGUAUGCGGAGGAUUCAGAGAUUUGGUUGAUAUCAAGGCUCGGUAAUAGGUACGAGUUACUCCUUGUUCUAUACAGAUUUGGAAGAUGUUUCACAGUGGCACAAGAAUGCAGGCUGUUGUUGGAUGCUCAGUGAUGCUAAGUUGAGCCUUGAACAGAGAGUACAUCAAACAGAUGGUUGAUUUACUUAUCCUUACAAGUGUUUUUUUAUCUUUUAUGGUUUGUAUAUUUGAAUGCAAGAAUAGCAAAAGCUGGAUAUGACGAUAUUGGAAAUGCAGAUAUCUUUUGCAGACAAGUAGCCAUAGUUGGUUAAUGGUUCAAAUUCAUCAGUUCAAUUAUUGUCUCCUUUGUAUUUCAACACUAGAGUAUGAUGAUGGCCUCUGGCCUCCGAUUGAUUCAUCACACAACAUUCUACAAUAACAUCCAAGUGAACACCGUUAUGAGUUCCACCCCUAAUUCUAAUGCAUGUUUAGUUUCAGCUGCUGAUCUCAUUUAGCACUAGUGUCUGUAAUGUGCCAAUCAGCACUGCAUUGGCCAUCUUCGACAAUGAAACCAAUGCGCAGUUGGGGAUUCCAUUCCACUUGGCAACUCAUUACUAUUCAGAAGAUGCCUCCAAGUGCCUACACUAUCAGCAACUACAUUUCCAUCUCCCUUUCUAUGGAUUAUGGAACAACUUGUUGACCGCCCUUAAAAGAUGAACAAGAAGAAUUUAGUCAAAAGGUAGAACAAGAAUUAAAUAAUCAAUCAAUUAAAUAUGAAUGUGUACACCUCUUAAAUGUAUAACUUUCCCCCGAAUUUAACAUGAUUAAGGAAUGAAUGAAGUGGAUAUAAGAUUUUUGGAUUGUAAGGUUGUAUGUACUAAAAAUUUGUUUAAAUGUUUGAGAAAAAGUUGAACUUUGAAAAAUCUAACUUCACAAUUAAUCAACUAUUGCUCAUUUUGAACACAAUAUCGACUCUUUGGUAGUUAAAAGUUGGGUCCUGAGUUAUAUAUAAUUUAAUUGUACAUCUUCCUACACACACGAUGUAUUUUGGAUGUUGACUUAGACGAAGCGGGGCAGUUCUAACAAUUUCAUGGUCACCAAGUUGAUUUUUUUGGGAUCGGUCCUCUUUCUCUUUCAAUGUAUAUAAUACUUUAAUGCUGUUUCUUAAAAUUAUUUUUCCUGAGAGCAUCUUCGAGUUUAUGGUCAAGUUUUCUAAAUAUAUCGACAAGUAUAUAUACAAUUGCAUUUUCCUAAUCUUUUUGAGCUAUAAUUUGAGCUGAACUUACUUCUUAAUGAAUUCGCCAACCGCAUAAGGUUUCAUCUUCUGUGAGACUAUAGCUACUAUCAUACUUCCGGCUUUUGUCAAAUAAUUAGACAACGUCUUUCCAAACAUGUCUUCUUGAUAUGUAACUUUGUUGGCGUCUUUUAUAUUUGUAAGGUUGUCAUAUAAGAGACAAAUUUUUAUAUUUUCUUUCUAUAUCUUUUUUUUUUUAUGAACACAAGUUCAAUAUUUUUCAUGUGAUGUAGAUGAUAGUAAGCAUGGGUUGUAUCUCACAAAGUAUUGACAAUUGUAUAUAAAAGCGCUACAUGAACAUUUAGAAAGGUUUAAAACAGGUAAUUCCUAUUUGUUUAUGAAGUCAUUCUGAUGCUUAGGGUAAGUAUUAAAAUCAAGUUUUUAUCAGUUAGCUUGCUACUGUGGCAGCAACAGAACAAACUAUAUUAAACAGG